GACUUCCGCCCGCGAGCUGCUGGUGAACGGCUGCGCGGAAGAGGCCACUUCCUUUUGUGGGUGGCCGCGAGCGCGGAGAGGACGCCAUGAAGGCCUCGGGCACGCUACGGGAGUACAAGGUGGUGGGCCGCUGCCUGCCCACCCCCAAGUGCCACACGCCACCCCUGUACAGGAUGCGCAUUUUCGCCCCCAACCACGUGGUGGCCAAGUCCCGUUUCUGGUACUUCGUGUCACAGCUCAAGAAGAUGAAAAAGUCCUCUGGGGAGAUCGUGUACUGCGGGCAGGUGUUCGAGAAGACGCCACUGCGCGUGAAGAACUUUGGUAUCUGGCUGCGCUAUGAUUCCCGCAGCGGCACACACAACAUGUACCGGGAGUACCGAGACCUGACCACUGCGGGCGCCGUCACCCAGUGCUACCGCGACAUGGGUGCCCGGCACCGCGCCCGCGCACACUCCAUCCAGAUCAUGAAGGUGGAGGAGAUCGCAGCCAGCAAGUGUCGCCGGCCUGCCGUGAAGCAGUUCCACGACUCCAAGAUCAAGUUUCCACUGCCCCACCGCGUCCUGCGGCGCCAGCACAAGCCUCGCUUCACCACCAAGAGGCCCAACACCUUCUUCUAGGCCGGCGCUGUCCAAUAAACUUUCAGAACCUG